GCCUCCGGCUCAGAGCCGGAUCCGCCUCGGGUCACCGCCUUGCUCCUCCCCGGGCCCAUGCUGCUUCGCGCCCGGCCCCUCCUCCGCCGCCUGCCCGCAGCCGGCUCCUGCGCAUCCCGCCGGGGAGCCUAGCGCCACACAGACCGGUUGUAACUUUUGCAAGGCAAUUAUCAUGUGACUGUGGAUUAUGACAACCAAAAACUUAAAGAAAAGUCCUUAAAUUAAACAUCUGUAUCUUUUGAACAUCUUGGAACUUAUUGGAUACACUCUUUGAAGUCUGUCUGAAUUGUAACUUGUAUAACUUUUUAAAAGCUUCAUAAUGGAGUUCUUAUUAUUCAAAGGAGACUGCAUUAGAGAUUUGAAAAGAACUUUGUUAUUAUUUUUAGUUUUAACAUGUCUGAUAGCUCUUGUUUGCACUGAUCAGGACUAUUACAGUUUACUUGGAAUAUCCAAAGAAGCAAGUAAUAGAGAAAUAAGACAGGCUUUCAAAAAACUGGCAUUAAAGUUACAUCCUGAUAAAAAUCAGAAUGAUCCAGAUGCUCAUGAAAACUUCUUGAAAAUAAAUAGAGCAUAUGAAGUAUUAAAAGAUGACGAGCUACGGAAGAAGUAUGAUAAAUAUGGAGAGAAAGGUCUUGAAGAUCACCAACAAGGAGGUCGAUAUGAGAGUUGGAACUUUUAUCGCUAUGAUUUUGGUAUUUAUGAUGAUGAUCCUGAAAUCAUAACACUGGAUAGAGGAGAAUUUGAUGCUGCUGUUAACUCUGGAGAACUCUGGUUCAUAAAUUUCUAUUCCCCUCGAUGUUCACACUGCCAUGAUUUAGCACCUACGUGGAGAGAAUUUGCUAAAGAAAUGGAUGGACUAAUACGCAUUGGAGCUGUAAAUUGUGGUGAUAACAGAAUGCUUUGUCGGAUCAAAGGAAUUAAUAGUUAUCCAAGUCUCUAUGUUUUCAAAACUGGAAUGAAUCCAGUAAAAUAUUAUGGAGACAGAUCAAAGGAAAGUUUAAUGAGUUUUGCCAUGCAGUAUGUCACAAGCACAGUGACAGAGUUAUGGGCAGGAAAUUUUGUGAAUGCUAUUCAAGCUUCAUUUGCCUCUGGUGUUGGCUGGCUGAUCACUUUCUGUGCUGAGGGUGAAGAUUGUUUGACUUCCCAGACACGCCUUAAACUAGCCGGCAUGUUGGAAGGCCUUGUUAAUGUAGGCUGGAUGGAUUGUGCCACCCAGGGUGAGCUUUGUGAUAAUUUGGAUAUCUCAUCUAGUACUACAGCAUACUUUCCACCUGGAGCCACCUUAACUAAUAAAGAGAAAGGAGGUGUUUUGUUUCUUAACUCCUUGGAUGCCAAAGAGAUAUAUUUGGAAGUAAUGCAGCAUCUUCCAGAUUUUGAAAUGCUCUCUGCAGCCUCAUUAGAGGACCAUGUGGCUCAUCACCGAUGGCUGCUUUUCUUUCAGUUCGGUGAGAGUGACAAGUCAAAUGUGCAUGAGUUUAAAAAACUGAAUUUUCUACUUAAAGAUGAACAUAUUCAGGUUGGAAAGAUUGACUGCCUUUCUUCACCAAGUGUCUGCAGUAAUCUGUAUGUCUAUCAGCCAUGUCUAGCAGUCUUUAAAGGAAAGGGAACUGAAGAUUAUGAAAUUCAUCAUGGGAAGAUGAUCCUAUAUGACAUAGUUGCAUUCGCCAAGGAGAGUGUAAACUCUAAUGUUAUCACACUUGGGCCUCAGAAUUUUCCUGGCAAGGAGAAGGAACCAUGGCUUGUUGACUUCUUUGCACCUUGGUGUCCUCCAUGUCGAGCUUUGUUGCCAGAGUUGAGAAAAGCAUCAAAGCACCUUAUUGGGCAGCUUAAAUUUGGCACACUAGACUGCACAAUCCAUGAAGGGCUUUGCAACAUGCAUAACAUUAGAGCUUACCCAACAACAGUGGUGUUCAACCAGUCCAAUGUUCAUGAAUAUGAAGGGCAUCACUCAGCUGAACAGAUCUUGGCGUUUAUAGAGGAUCUCAUGAACCCUUCGGUGGUCUCCUUAACACCAGACACUUUCAGUACACUAGUUAAACAAAGAAAGCGGGAUGAAGUCUGGAUGGUUGAUUUCUAUGCUCCAUGGUGUGGGCCUUGCCAGGCUUUAAUGCCAGAAUGGAAAAGGAUGGCCAGGUUGUUAAAUGGAUUAAUCACUGUUGGCAGUAUGGAUUGUCAAAAAUAUUUUUCUUUCUGUCACCAAGAAAAUGUACAGGGAUAUCCUGAAAUAAGACUCUUUCCUCAAAAAUCAAAUACAGGUCAUCAUUACUAUAGUUACAAUGGUUGGCACAGGGAUUCGUAUUCGUUAAGGAGCUGGGCACUUGGAUAUUUACCUCAAGUAUCCGUAGAUCUGACACCUCAGAGCUUCACAGAAAAAGUUUUGCAUGGGAAAGAUCAUUGGGUCAUUGAUUUUUAUGCUCCUUGGUGUGGCCCUUGCCAAAAUUUUGCUCCAGAAUUUGAGGUGCUAGCUAGGACUGUAAAAGGAAAAGUAAAAGCUGGAAAAAUUGACUGUCAAGCUUAUGCUCAUACUUGUCAGACGGCUGGCAUCAGAGCCUACCCUACUGUUAAAUUUUAUCCCUACCAAGGAGCAAAGAGAAAUGUUCUUGGAGAACAUAUAGACAGCAGAGAUGCAAAGGGCAUAGCUGAUCUUCUGACUGAAAGAUUAGCCGUCAUUAAAAAUAAAGGAAAGAGAAAAAAAUCUUCUAGAAACAAGGAUGAACUCUGAUAUUGAAGAGGAUAAAAGUCAGAGUAUACUGAAGCUGUGACAAAUAGAAGGCACCAUGAUGAAAAUAUAAGUUAGACUAAUUUCAUGAUAGGAAAAACAGAAAUGAACCUUAGUUUGAAUUCAUGGACACCAAGGCUUGUCCACAUGAAUUCUAUAAAACUUUGUGGCGGGAGUUGUUCUAUUUGUUGUGUAGGGAUUACAAGAAUUUGGGAAUAGUCUGUGUCUGCCCCACUUGCUGAAGUUUGUGUCUCUUAAUCAAGGGCUUAGACAAUAGUGGAGGCUAUUUGGUUUUCAUCUACCCUCUUGUAUUACAUCUCUUCCCUCACACUCCACACAAAUGUUGCAUUCAACCUGUGGACGAGCAUGUAAUCAAGCCAGCCAAACUUUCAUUUUCACACAGCAGAGUGCAUUGUCCCUUCCUGAACACUGAGGAAUCGUCUGCCAUCAAUGUGAAGGAAAAAUAAUCUUAUCUCAUGAUAGAAGUUUAGUUUUGGGUUUUUAAUUUUGUAGUAAUUCACCAAGCAACCCGUAGUUGGAUAAGUUUAUAGAAUCAACAAAUCACCUUUCUAGUAGAAUAUUGCUAUAUUUUACCAGCUGAGGUGACAAAAGUUUUGAAGAGCUUUGUCUCUUUUUUUUCCUAAAUUCAUCUUACCACAUUAGGAUUUCAAAACUCAAUGUUUAACUCAAAUACAAAUGUGUUAUACCACUGAAGUAUCCUGUACAGAAUUCUCAGCUUGUUUCAUAGUAAAGUUGUUCCAGUUUAUCUUUAACUCAGAUGAAUACGUGGGACACAUCUUUUUAACUUGUUUUGGUAUAACCACUGUCAAACCCUACGCCCCCAGACACCUUUGAAAAUCUUCAUCAUGAAAUAUGGUCCUGACCCACAGUGCAUAUUUCCCUUUUUUGUACAAGUGCCUUCUGAAUUUUGACUAUUUCAUAAUGGACAUUUAACAUUGUUCAUGUAGACACUGAGGUAAUUCUUUGAGUUAUUUUUUAAAAUUGUGUAUGCGACAAAGGAUUCUAUAUGCACCAUUUGCACUUAGCAAUGUUUAAAUAGUUUUACAUUUCAGUUUUACUGGAGUCCACAAAAACUGUCUCCUGUAAGUUAAAUUUCUUUGAAAAGAUAGUGAUCUUUGAAAUGAUUUACUCUUUUCUAAAAUAUAUAUUAGCCACUGCCAUAUGAGGUUUUCUCCCCGUUUCCACCCACCCACCCAGCUUUGGCAUGAUUGAACCUACUGUAGGUACCAUAAUGAUUAGUACAUCAGAAAUUCCUAAGAGGUCCUGUCCUCACUGAGUAAUUUAUAUAAUAAAUUAGAGCGUGACACACAUGAAAACAAAAAGUGACUCUCGUCAGUCUGAGGUACCCAAACUCAAAUACUUUUUACCCCAUGUUUACAGUUACUUAUAUUGCUUGCAGGAUAUUUAAUACAUAUUACCAGCCAUAGACCCCCCCCCAAAAAAAGUAGUACAUCUGUUUCUUUUAUCAAGGACCCUUCCACACUCAGGAAAGUGUCAAAAUUUAUGUGACUUCAAAACAGUCAAGCUCUUUUGUCUUGGUCAGUGCCUGUUUAACUGCAACCUCAUUUCUCACGUUCAUCCCCUGGAGGAAAGGCAGAAAGCAAUGGAUGUCAUAGUUAUACGUUCUUGGAUAAUAUUUUUCGAAAUUCAUUCCAGCAGAACUACAAACAGUAACAGAGAUGUUUGGACAGUCUUCCUUGACUUGCAAUUAAUAGUUAUAGAAAUUUUAGGACAAUAAGUAUGAAGAAUUCACAGCAUUCUUCUUGAUUAAAGUAAUAGGACCAUAAGAACCAACUGGCUUAGUUGGACUGUAGCCCUUUUAACACUUAGGCUUUUCUUAAAUGAACAUACAGAUUCAAUAAUAUUCCCUCCCAUGUUAGUCCUUCCAAACUUGUAUUGAUAGUAUGGAAAUAGAAUACUGUUGUGCCCAUCAGAAGUGUCCAGUCCACAGAAUAUCAGUAUUUGGUAGCCCAAGAAGUCUACAGAUAUGAGACCUCACCUUGUAUAAGAGAAGAAAUACAAAAUGGGCUAUGAGGAGGUAAUUUGUCUAAGUAAAGUGAAAAAAAUGGUUUAAGAUUUAAUUUGAUGUGAAGGAGCUUGUGUAGAAGUCUGUAGUCUGGAAAGAUUCUUGCCACACCUCUGAAAUAGCAUAAUUUCAAGACAUGAAAUGAAAAAAAAAAUAUUGUAUAAACUGUAUUUUACAUUUUUAGGGAUUUGGUCUUGAAGGUUUUUCUUCUACCCUCCAAUAGAUCUCUUUAUGCUUAUGGUUUAGAAAAAUUACUAUAGGAUGCUGUAUGUUUUCAAAGACUUUUGUAAGGUUUUAUUUGGCAACUGAUUUGUCUGCCAAUUCUUACUGUCAAAGCCUAGACUUAAUUUCUAUCUGUGCAAAAUACUAUUCUUACAUUAUUUAGCUUGCUUUUUUUAAGGCACAUUUACUUUCAAUUGCUAAUAUCACAGCUAUAAUUUUAUGCUAGUAAUCUAUAAUUUAAUCAAUAGUUUAAAUGCACUGUCCAGGACACCUACAAUAGCAAGAUCACUAAAGAAGAAGAUCCUGAUUCUGCAAGCUGUAGGAUAAAUUGCAGGAUAUUGGCCCUCAAAGAAGCAUUGGGAAGAGUCAGAACCAGUCGCUCUGCUGUUAGAGUGAAAACAAAUGGAGA